GAACUGCUGCGCGCCGCAUCCGCAUCACAAAACAGCGCUAGCACAACGUCUUGGCUGUGCGCUUGGAGUUCCAAAAGCAGCUCUGCAACGGCGACGACAUUCUCGUAGCAGGAGGCAUGCCGAUCACGAAGGAUGUGGUCAAGUUUGGCACCUUCGUGGUGACAAGUCAGGUCUUCCACCUGACGCGCCUGUCAUUCGCGAUUGUAAACCUCAAGCCGCUGCUUCCGGGCCAUGUGCUGGUUUCACCUCGGCGGAUCGUACCGCGCUUCAACGAUCUUUCGGCGGCUGAGGUGCAGGAUCUCUUUCUGACCGUGCAGCGCGUGUCGCGCAUGGUGGAGCGCGUCUUUGCUGCCUCGUCGUUGAACAUUGCCAUUCAGGAUGGUGUAGAUGCUGGGCAGAGCGUGCCACACGUACACGCCCACAUCAUCCCUCGAAAGAAGGAUGACCUGGAGCACAAGGGCGGCACUGAUGCUAUAUACGAGAUGAUGGAGAGCGAGGAGGCACAUCUCGGCAAGCAGAUGAGGGAGAAGGAGAGAGCUGCUCAGGCUGAGCUCGCUGAUGACGAGAAGAGGGGCAAGUUCCCUGCGGUCGACAACGACAGUCGCAAGCCGAGGAGCGACGAAGAGAUGCAGAAAGAGGCAGAGUGGCUAGCAGGAGAGAUGGAAAUAGACGGAUAGGCAUGAACAAUUCCAUCAUAUUCGUC